GUGUUGAUGCUCGUGAGAACAUAACCAUCAUCUGUUCGCUUCCUGGAUCUGCCCUUACUGACACCAGGUGUAAUCUCUACAUUGGAGAGGAGAUGAAGCACUUCCUAACACAUCAGAUCAACCGCAAACAAUCCUCAAAAAAGCAGUGGUUCUGUCAGUUCUUCGUCUCUAAAGAUGAUCUGCUCAGACGUCUCCAGCCUGUGAUGCGUAAAGAGGUGAGCUGUGACUAUGGAGUGGGUCCAGCACUAAACUUUCUGUCUCCACGCAGUGAUGGAUACAACUUAGCAGAUGUGGUAGUUGAUUCUCCUGAUCCAACAACUGCUCAGACACCAAAAGCAACAUCAGGAUCAAUGGCUACCUCUACUUUUCCCUCAGAAUAUCAAACUUCAAGUUUGACUGAUGGUACCUCUGCACCCUCUGAUACUACUGAGAGUUCUGCUGCUGGUACAACAGCAGGAACAACAUAUCCUCCGUCUGGUACCCAAACGCACUCAAGUAGUGCAAAACCUCAGCGGUCUACAAGAGUCGACUCAUCUCCAGGGUCCCAUGUGAGCUCUGCUGUGCCCUCUGAUUCCAGAUGGGUCACGAUUACAGGAGCCCAGAUGUUGCUGGUGGUGGUGGGUGUGGCUGGUUCUACUGUUUGUGUGACCCUGGGGGGUCUGAUAGCUGUCUGUGUCCGCUGGAGGAGCGGUGAGUACAUCUGACUGGAUACUUUCUCUAAGGAAGAUUCUCCAGUUGCAACUCACAA